AUGUCCGUCAUUGCGCACGUCGACCACGGCAAGUCCACUCUUACCGACUCCCUGCUGGCCAAGGCCGGUAUUAUCUCGUCCGGCAAGGCCGGUGAGGCUCGGGCGACAGAUACCCGAGCGGACGAACAAGAACGUGGUAUCACCAUCAAGUCCACGGCCAUCUCCCUCUACGGCACCCUUCCCGAGGAGGAGGAUCUUAAGGACAUUGUUGGCCAGGCUUCGAACGGCAAGGACUUCCUCAUCAACCUGAUCGACUCGCCCGGUCACGUUGAUUUCUCUUCCGAGGUCACUGCUGCUCUCCGUGUCACCGACGGUGCUCUCGUCGUCGUCGACACCGUUGAAGGCGUGUGCGUCCAGACCGAGACGGUGCUCCGUCAGGCUCUCGGUGAGCGCAUCAAGCCCGUUGUCAUCAUCAACAAGGUCGACCGUGCGCUCCUCGAACUUCAGGUCUCCAAGGAGGAUCUUUACCAAUCCUUCUCCCGUACCAUUGAGUCGGUGAACGUCAUUAUCUCCACCUACUUCGACAAGGCGCUCGGUGAUGUUCAGGUCUACCCUGACCGCGGCACUGUCGCUUUCGGCUCCGGUCUCCACGGCUGGGCCUUCACUAUCCGUCAGUUCGCGACCCGGUACGCCAAGAAGUUUGGUGUUGACCGCAACAAGAUGAUGGAGCGUCUUUGGGGCGACAGCUACUUCAACCCUGCCACCAAGAAGUGGUCUAAGUCCGGCACCCACGAGGGCAAGCAGCUCGACCGUGCCUUCUGCCAGUUCAUCCUGGACCCUAUCUUCAAGAUCUUCUCCGCUGUCAUGAACUUCAAGAAGGAGGAAACUGCCAGCCUCCUCGAGAAGCUCAACCUCAAGCUUUCACCCGACGACCGUGAGAAGGAGGGCAAGCAGCUCCUGAAGGCUGUAAUGAAGACCUUCCUGCCGGCCGCCGACUGCCUGUUGGAGAUGAUGAUUCUCCACCUCCCUUCGCCCGUCACGGCUCAGAAGUACCGUGCCGAGACCCUGUACGAGGGUUCUCCCGAUGACGAGGCCUGCGUGGGCAUCCGUGACUGCGACCCCAAGGGCCCGCUCAUGCUCUACGUCUCCAAGAUGGUGCCAACCUCCGAUAAGGGCCGUUUCUACGCCUUCGGCCGUGUGUUCUCCGGUACCGUCCGCUCCGGUCUCAAGGUCCGCAUCCAGGGCCCCAACUACACGCCGGGCAAGAAGGACGACCUGUUCAUCAAGGCCAUCCAGCGCACUGUCCUCAUGAUGGGUGGCAAGGUCGAGCCUAUUGACGAUAUGCCCGCGGGUAACAUUGUCGGCCUGGUCGGUAUUGACCAGUUCCUGCUCAAGUCCGGUACCCUCACCACCAGCGACACGGCACACAACAUGAAGGUCAUGAAGUUCUCCGUGUCGCCCGUCGUGCAGCGGUCCGUGCAGGUCAAGAACGCUCAGGACCUUCCCAAGCUUGUCGAAGGUCUCAAGCGUUUGUCCAAGUCGGAUCCUUGCGUCCUGACCAUGACUAACGAGUCCGGCGAGCACGUUGUUGCCGGUGCUGGCGAGCUCCAUCUCGAGAUUUGCUUGAAGGAUCUUGAGGAGGACCACGCUGGUGUCCCUCUCAUCAUCUCGGACCCCGUCGUCCAGUACCGUGAGACCGUCGGUGGCAAGUCCAGCAUCACUGCCCUCUCCAAAUCGCCCAACAAGCACAACCGUCUGUACAUGGUUGCUGAGCCGUUGGACGAGGAGGUUUCCAAGGCGAUCGAAGAUGGCAAAAUCACUCCCCGUGACGACUUUAAGGCGCGCGCGCGUGUUCUUGCUGAUGAUUUCGGCUGGGACGUCACCGAUGCCCGCAAGAUCUGGGCUUUCGGCCCUGACACCAACGGCGCCAACUUGCUCGUUGACCAGACCAAGGCCGUUCAGUACCUCAACGAAAUCAAGGACUCUUCCCGCCCUUCCUCGGAGCCCGUCUUCUUGGUCGAAAUUCCCAGGUGCCCCGAGCAGGCCCAUGGGUGGCGUCUACGGUGUCCUUACCCGCCCGGAGAGGGCCACGUCUUCAAACGAGGAGCAGGCGCCCCCGGUACUCCUCUCUUUCACCAUCAAGGCCUAUCUCCCCGUCAUGGAAGUCCUUCGGCUUCAACGCCGAUCUGCGCCCAAGGGCACCUCCGGCCAGGGCCUUCCCCCCAGUCUGUCUUCGACCACUGGCAGCUUCUUCCUGGUGGCUCUCCUCUGGAUGGUACUUCCAAGGUUGGCCAAAUUGUGCAGGAGAUGCGCAAGCGCAAGGGUAUCAAGGUCGAGGUCCCGGGCGUCGACAACUACUACGACAAGCUUUAA